UUUGUUGACGCUUGGAAAUCCGUCUGCUCGUAGGAUUCGGCUUUUUUCCCAAUAAAACAGAGUAAUUCCUGCAUUUAAAUCGUGUGACAGUUUUACAAUGGGAUCUAAAAAGCAUAAGAAACAUAAAUCCGAGCGAAAGGAGCGAGAAGAAAAAGCCAAUUUACUGCUGGACCGUCCACCAAGCUUGAAAUUGAUUCUGAAAGUUAGUGGAAACAGUUCCACACCGGAGCAUGGCAACGACUCUCCGGCUUACGGUAUUCAGCAGGAUCUGGGUGCGGCGGCAUUUCCCGGUGAAUACUCCGGCGAGCGUCAUAAGAAAUCCAAGAAGAAGAAAAAGAAGAAGGACCGAGAGAAGAAGCACAAACACCACAAGGAAAAGCGUCGCCAUCGGGAUGAUUCCAGCCAGGAGGACUUUAACAGCGUUGGGGAUGAAAGUUCCCAGGCAGCACCGGAUCCGAAUGCUUUCUUUAGUGCCGCGGUCAACGCAGGUAGUACGGGAAGUUUGGCAUCGCUCCCAGUAACCAAACCGAUGAUCCCAAUCAAGAGUCCGGAACCGGAACCGAUAAUGAUUGUACAACCGGCUACUCCGGCCACUCCAGCGACCCCCGCCACUCCGGCGACUAUGAUGAGGGAAGAAAUUAAUACUCUCAGCUCUGUGACGACUGAGGAACCGAUGCAAAGUCCGGGUUCAGUGCAUUCAACGUCGCGCCCCGGCAGUAAAAUGGACUUUCUCGAUAUGGGCUCGAAUCAGGCACCGAAGACGCCCGGUUCGGAUUGUAGCGGACGGGAGCAGCGGACAUGCGUGCUGAAGCUUAAGCAAAGCCGUUCCCCGUUGGCACGGCUUUUGGACCACUUGCUGAAAGCUUUGGAGAAACGUGAUCCGCAUCAGUUCUUUGCCUGGCCCGUGACGGAUGACAUUGCUCCCGGUUAUUCGAGCAUUAUUAACAGACCGAUGGAUUUUAGCACAAUUCGACAGAAAAUCGACGACAACGAGUACACUUCGCUGUCGGAGUUCAGUGAAGAUUUCAAGUUGAUGUGUGAGAAUGCCAUCCGAUACAACCAUUCGGAAACUGUUUACCACAAAGCGGCAAAGAAACUGCUUCAUGUAGGAGCCCGUCUUUUGCAACCGGAGAAUUUGAUGAGAUCCCUUCGUCCGCUAAUGACAUAUAUGCGAGAACUGACCCCAAAGGAGCUUGGUUUCGAGCUGCCGGCAUCGACGGAUAAUCAAGAUAACGAACACCACACACUCGAUUCGGCUGAUGAAGCCAUGGCGGCUGCCGUCGAUGAAGGUAUCAACGCUCAAAUAAAUGCUCAGAUCGAGGAGGAUGAGAAGCGGAAACAAAUCCGUCUGGAAAACAAUCCAUCCAGUAAAUUUGAACCGUUCGUGGAUGAUCUGACGGCCGAAGAGGUACUGCAGCAGGUUCAAAGUGCGGCUCUCAGUGCCCGUACGAAACUGAUGAAGAAAAAAUCUGCCAACAGAAUAGGAUUCCUGCGACAGUUGAAGGACGGCACGACGACCAUGAAUAUUCUGAUCGACAGUGAAAAUAAUGCUCCGGAGAAAGUUGUUUCACUGGAGGCGUUUACCGGUAAGCUGCAGUACGGAACCGCUCUGCUGCAAGGAUUCCGCGAAGAUCGACGGAACUUCGCCAAAACAGUGAAACCACUCAGCUAUGGGUCGUUUAGUUCAUUUGCACCGGUAUUCGACUCACGCUUUUCAAAUCUUUCCAAAGAGGAGUCGGAUAUGGUUCUGAACACGUACGGAGAUGAAACCGGGGCGGACUAUGCUGAAAGCAUUAUGAAGUACACCAAGGACAGUCCGUACGCCGGUGGAAUAGCGCAUAGUUUACUGGACAUCUUGACGAAUGGCGAUCACCGGAAAUCGUUUGCCACCUUGUAUGAGUCGGACAUGCAACGGCAGGAAAAGGAAGCGGUUAAGCAUACUUUCCCGGAACCGGCGGAACUCGAAGUCGAACGACAAAAGCUUGCCGACACGAAAAUUGACUUCGACCAGCUUCGAACGUUGUCCAGUUUGGGAGUGGACGUUCAGUUUCUGGAUGAUUUGGAGCAACAGCUGAAUUGUGCCAGCAUGACCAAUACGUUGCAACAAGCGUUGAGUGAGAAUUCCGAUCUGAUUCAAAAGUUGCACCAAAUUCAGACGAAUCGACUGUCGGCGCCGCUACCCGCCCAUUUGUCCUACGUGCAGCGAGCUGGUGAAAGCGAAAUCAACCUAGCGGCACAGAUUACGAAUAAUUUGACACAAAUUGCAAAACAGCUGCCGCCGCAGGCAAUCGCUGCACCACACGGGCUCCGGAAGGCGAUGGGAUUGACCAGUGUUGGUCUGGAAAUGUACCCCAAUCCUCCGGUUGGCGUCAUCAAUCCUCAGCCUAAUGCGGGAGUUGGUCAGCACACACUCAGCGGUACAAUUUCUUCAAACGCCGACAUCAUCGAUACCACUCCAAUGGACAUGGAUUUGGAACCGGAAUCUAUUCCUCAACAACAGCAACAGCAACAACGACAACAAUCGCAACAGCAAAUCCACCAUCAUGUCAAUCUAAAUCCCUCACAAGUAGUGGAUAUCGACAGCGAAUUGCGUGAGUUGCUGAAUAACAGUUCCAAUGGGGACACGGUAGAGUCCGAUGCAACGGCCAGUAUUGAACAGAUGUUGAUGGAUUGAAUGCGAAACGAUAUCAUCCCGCAGGAAAAAUUAAUUACUAUGAAGAAUAUGAAUAAAGUCCUUACAUUUUU